AUGGAAACGCUUGCUACUGUUUUUAAUCUUGUGCUUCUUUUGAUUGUGAAUCUUGCAUUCAAAGGAAUUGGAGCUGAUUCGAACUUAAGCUGUAUCAAGAGGGAGCGAGAUGCACUUCUCAAGUUCAAGCAAGGCCUCACAGAUGAAUUGGAGAAGACUGUUUCCCACCAUCUUGGAAAUCUUUCAAACUUGCAGUACCUUGAUCUUAGUUGGAACUAUGGCUUGGAAGUUGUCAAACUACAGUGGGCAUCCACUCUUCCUUCUUUGAAACACCUGGACCUUUCAGGUUUGGAACUUACCAAGGCCAUCGAAUGUGGUGAGAUUUCUCAACCUUUUGGCAGUCCAGCUAUCUGCUUGCAGAACUGUUUACAGAGUUUGGUUCUUGAAACUAAUCAUCUCAGAGGUCGUCUUCCAGAUAGUUUACGAAGCUAUAAGCAUCUAGUCAACCUCAAUCUUUAUUCUAACACCUUUUCAGGUCCAAUCCCAGCAUCAAUUGGAAGACUAUCAAGUUUGGAAAUAUUAGACCUCUCCCAUAAUUACCUGAAUGGUAGUGUUCCGGAAAGCGUUGCGCAGCUUUUCAAUCUUGAGUUUUUGAAUAUCCAUAACAAUUCAUUGAGUGACAUAGUUUCUGAACGUCACUUUUCAAAGCUCCCCUCUUUGACUACCUUUUGGACCCCUAUUUCCACAAUGGCUCCAAACACAGAAAAAUGUUUCAACAUUAGCAUUUCGGAUAGAAUUCCGGAUUGGUUUGAAAGCAUUUCCUCCAAUAUUGUGUUAUUGGACUUGUAUUCCGACAAGUUCGAGGAUCCUCUAACUCCUUUUCCUUCAGAUGUGAUUGAAUUAGACGUCUCCAACAAGUUUCUUCGAGGCCAAAUCCCCCAAGAUAUUGGCAACAUGAUGCCACGAUUGACCCUGUUGCAUCUAUCCAACAAUUCCUUAAAUGGGAACGUCCCAGUUUCUUUAUGCAAGAUGGGGGGAUUGCGAUUUCUUGAUCUCUCAGAAAAUCAGUUUUCAGGAGGAAUUCCUAAUUGCUGGAGCAAGUUGCAGCAUCUACGCGUGAUGGAUCUGUCUAGUAACAUUCUGGAUGAUCAUAUUCCAAGUUCUCUGGGUUCUCUACAGCAACUUCGAUCUUUCCACCUGCGAAACAAUAGUUUGCAGGGAAAAGUACCUGCGUCGUUAGCGAAGCUAAAACGCUUGCACAUGCUUGAUCUCAGUGAAAAUGUGCUAAAUGGUACGAUUCCUCCAUGGAUAAGUGAAGCGCUAUCUUCAUUGUCAGUGCUUGAUGUUCAUUCCAAUAGGUUUCAAGGUGAGAUUCCUCAGGAACUUUGCCACCUCACUUCUCUUCGCAUUUUGAGCUUGGCACACAAUGAGAUGACCGGAACUAUUCCCUCCUGUUUUCACAAUUUUACUGGAAUGAUUGCAAAUUUGUUCUCAAAGGAAGAACAAUGGCCAUAUGGUCCUACCAUAUUUGAUGAUAUUUAUGGGUUUCAGUCUGUGGUAUAUGAGGAGAACGUUUGGGUUUAUCUAAAGGGACUGCAGCAGAAAUACACAAAGACACUUCCGUUUCUCUUUUCCAUUGAUCUUUCAAGAAACAGGUUUGUUGGAGAGAUUCCAAAUCAGCUUAUGAAUCUGUUGGGGCUACAAAACCUGAAUUUAUCUAGAAACAAUUUUAAGGGGCAAAUUCCUUGGAAGAUUGGAGAUUUGAGACAGUUGCAAUCGCUUGAUUUGUCUAGGAAUGAACUUUCUGGCUUAAUUCCUACAAGCCUUUCUCAAUUGAAUUUCCUAAGUGUCUCGAACUUGACAUUCAACAAGUUAUCUGGACGCAUUCCAUCAGGAAAUCAGCUCCAAACUUUAGAUGACAAAUCCAUCUACGCUGGGAACAGUGGACUUUGCGGGUUUCCACUUGACCACUGCCAAGAAGUGGUACUGCCUCCUCAAGAGGGAAGCCCAGAAGAUGAGUUCGAAAUUGUUUGGUUUUAUGGCGGUACGGGAGUGGGUUUUAUGACUGGAUUCGUAGGAGUUUCUAGCACGCUAUAUUUCAAGGAUUCCUGGAGGGGUGCGUUUUUUCGAUUAGUUGACAAAAUUUACAACAAGUUCCGAGUGAUGAUUGUGGUGAGCAAAAACCAUCUACCAAGAAAGAUUUAUGGAGACAGAUUUGGAGGACAUGCUUGAGAGGCAUAUAUUGAAAGAAAAGUUGAAUAAAGCUAUGCUCAAACUCAGGGGAAGCAUAGUUGUGCUGUGAUCGAUCUAUGAUGUCUGAGCAUGGAUGGAUUUGAAUCCAUUUUCGACAUCUUGCCUCAAUACUCGUGAUGCUAGAUGAAUGUCACCGGAACUUAUGUAGAUUUAUGUGAUAGCUUACAAUAACCAUAAUGAAUAGAGAGUUUCACUGAAACUUGUUUCAGAAAGUUCAUUUAUAAUUGGGACUUGGAGUCAAUUGUGAUUGGUAACUAAUAGCAAGUGCUGUUUCUGUU